AUGGCCUCAAAAGGUAAAACAGAAGAGGAUUUAACCUGUCCUGUGUGCUGUGACAUCUACACACACCCUGUUAUUUUAUCAUGUAGUCACAGUGUCUGUAAGGACUGUCUUCAGCAAUUCUGGAAAAUCAAAGGAUUUCAGGAGUGUCCAGUUUGCAGAAGAAAAAACAUUAUAGAUCCCCCUGUUAACCUGGCUUUAAAGAAUCUGUGUGAGACUGUCCUACAGGAGAGAAGUCAGAAAACUUCAGCAGGGUCUGAGGAGUUCUGCACUCUACACAAUGAAACAUUGAAGAUCUUCUGUCUGGAGGAUAAAGAGCUUUUGUGUGUGGUGUGUCAGACUUCACAAAGACAUAAAAAUCAUGAGUGCUGUCCUAUCGAAGAAGCUGCAGAGGACAGGAAGAAGGAACUCAAGUCUGCACUGAAGACUUUACAGGAGAAGCUGGAGACGUUUAAGAACUUUAAAUCAAGCUUUGAUGAAAUGGCAGAGCACAUCGAGAAUCAAACACAGCACACAGAGAGACAGAUUAAGGAGGAGUUUGAGAAGCUUCAUCAAUUCCUACGAGUUGAAGAGGCGGCCAGGAUAACUGCAUUGAAGGAGGAAAAGGAGCAGAAGAGUCAGAUGAUGAAGGAGAAGAUUGAGGAGAUGAGUAGAGAGAUAUCAUCUCUUUCAGACAUUAUCAGAGCCAUAGAAGAUGAGUUAAAAGCUGAAGAUAUCCUGUUCUUACAGCACUUUGACAUCUCAUUGAAAAGAGCCCAGUGCACACUGCAGGAUCCACAGAUGAUUUCAGGAACACUGAUCAAUGUGGCAAAGCACCUGGGCAACCUGAAGUUCAGAGUCUGGGAGAAGAUGCAGAACAUUGUUCAAUACACUCCUGUCAUUCUGGACCAAAACACUGCAAACCCACGUCUCUUCCUGUCGGAGGAUCUGACCAGUGCUGAUAAUAAAGUACACACAGUUGUCCCAAAGCUUCCCGAUAAUCCAGAGAGAAUUCAUAGAUGCUGUGCUGUUCUGGGCUCUGAGGGCUUUAACUCAGGGACACACUGCUGGGAUGUUGAGGUUGGGGACCAUUUACUGUGGUUCCUGGGAGUGAUGCCAGAAUCUGUCCAGAGAAAAGAGGGCGCUGUAAAGGAAAUCUGGGCAAUAGGAUUUCGUAAAAAUAAAUAUGGAGCACGCUCUCCUAAACAACAAGUCACUGUUCUCAAGGUCAAUAAGACAAUCCAGAGAGUCAGAGUGGAACUCAACUGGGACAGAGGAAAACUGUCUUUCUAUGACUCCCUAAAUAAUACACACAUACACACUUUCACACACACUUUCACUGAGAGAGUCUUUCCAUUCUUCUGUACUUCGAGUGCACAGUGCCCUUUGACUGUCUUACCGGUAAAGUCUUAUGUAACAAUCACUUCUGUCUGA